AUGAGUGCCAAAGCAUCGAUACUCGAGGAUAUCGUCAGCACUGAAGCCAGUGACAGCGAAGUGGGAGUUGUAAGGUCCGAUGAAGAAGAAAGCUUUAUGCAAUUGGACGGAGAUGCUUUCCGUUUAGAUAUACCGAGUGGGUCGCAAAAAAAUGGCAAAUCGCUCUUUGUUAAUGAGGACAGCGUUUCGGGCGAUCUAGAGGAAUUGCCAGGUUUGAUCCCCAGUACAUCGAAUCGUGAAUCCAAACACGAGCCAGCAGAUCUGUGGGAUUUCAAACCAUUGGUGCAACAAGAGUUUGAGCGGCGUUUACCGCAAAACUACGAACUGCGCGGAUGGAAAAAACCGUCAAGACGCCUGGUUUUGAGCUUGCAAGGUAUCCUCGAAAGUAACGUGGGCAUUGCGCUGGACAAGUGUUUUGCCAAGUACGAGACCGAUUGUGAGCGCAUCUUUCUGGACCGCAGUGUGCGCAGCGUGCAUAGGGAAAAAGAAAUCAUGCUUGUGGAACUGGUGGAGCAGAUCAAACAGCGAAUCUCGCAAGCCCGGUUCCCCACUCGCUGUUCAGACCGCGAUUUGGAUAUCGAAUACAUCUAUGCCAAACGGCAAUACAUUCAGAGCCAAUUUUCACUGGAAUCUGCUCGUGUGGAGGCCCUGCAGCACCAGGUCCAAAGGGAACAAACCAGAUUGGACGAGCUGAAAACGCUGCGUUCCAAGACCACCGAGCGCAAUGCGCGCAAGUUCAAACAGCUGACCGACCAGCUUUCCAAAAACCUUCAUCCAGCGCUCAGCAAAGCCAUGAUCAACUCUUUUGGAUUGCUCCGCGACAAGCACGCAAACACAGAACGCUACCAGUACGAUGUCGACGAUCUCAAUCUCCAAUUGCAUGAUCAAAAGCCUCCCGUUUCGCCGCCAAAACUAGAAGAAAGUCUGACCUCGGUACACAGCUACUAUGAGGCCCUCCAAGGGUUCGAAGAUAUCCAAACAGGUGCUUUCAAGAAUGCAGAGGGAAAGCCAUAG